AUGCUCGUCUCCCUGAUCUCAGCGUCGCUCUUCCUGCUUUCGACCCCUGUCUUAGGAUCCUCUACGUUCGAGGAGAAGUGCCUCGCGUUCAAACCCGAGAAACUCGUUCCUGGAGCCACGCGAAAUGUUCUCGAGUACGUUGCUGCUGGCACGACGCUACGGUUUCCGGAUAAUGUCGCAGCUUGCAAUCGUGGUAGUCAAGCCGUAACAGCCAAUGUUUGCCGCGUCGCCCUAUCAAUUAAGACAUCUGAACGAUCGAACAUCACAUUCGAGGCUUGGCUGCCAGAGGACUGGUCAGGACGUUUUCUCGCUACCGGCAACGGAGGAAUCGAUGGGUGCAUCAAGUACGAGGACUUAGCUUACACCUCGGCAAACAAGUUCGCGGCAGUCGGCUCCAACAACGGCAAGAACGGAACCGAUGGUCUGCCUUUCUUCAACAACCCUGAGACUGUGAUCGACUUUGCGUGGAGGUCGCUUCACACAAGCGCAGAAGCCGGCAAGUCCCUCGCAAAGAAGCUCUAUGGCAAGUCACACUCAAAAUCAUACUACCUCGGCUGCUCCUUAGGUGGACGUCAAGGUGUGAAGAGUGCCGAGAAAUUUCCUAAUGACUUUGACGGAAUCGUUGCAGGGGCACCAGCUGUAGACUUUAACGACUUGGUCUCAUGGCGAGCUCGCUUCUUCACUAUUACUGGAGCCAUUGGCUCUUCGGACUUCAUACCGCCCACAGCAUGGAAGACGUGGAUUCACGAUGAAGUGCUGAAGCAGUGCGACACAAUCGACAAGGCGCAGGAUGGAAUUAUCGAAGACCCAACGCUGUGCAAGUUCAACCCUUCGACCCUGCUUUGCAUUGGAAAUAGCACAGCCAACUGUUUGUCGGAACCGCAAGUCCAGCAGCUCAAGACAAUCUUCAGCGACUUCAAGGCCCCAGACGGACGCCUCAUAUUUCCAGCCAUGCAGCCUGGCAGCGAGGUGCUUUCGGUCGACCGACUGUACGCUGGUGUCCCCUUUGCGUACUCUGAUGACUGGUUCAAGUAUGUGGUCUACAACGACCCCUCUUGGAACGCAUCUGAGUUCGGCUACGACGACGUGCGAGCAGCAGAACGCCUCAACCCAGGCGACAUCCGCACUUACCCGACCGACCUUCCACGGUUUGAGCGACGAGGUGGAAAGCUACUGACAUACCAUGGUCAGCAGGAUAAUCAGAUCAGCAGCUUCAACACCAUCCGCUGGUACAACGAUCUGAAAGGUCGAAGAAGUACCGCAGCCAUGGACGAGUGGAUCCGCUUCUUCCGCGUUUCAGGCAUGAACCACUGCAACUCUGGACCAGGUGCCUGGGUUCUCGGCCAGGGUGGCAACGCAGCUGCGGCCGGCGUGCCCUUCGAACCCACGAAGAAUGUCCUCAAAGCCAUGGUGGACUGGGUUGAGAAAGGCGUUGCGCCCUCAUACAUCGAGGGGACCAAAUUCGUAAACGACACCGUCUCGCUUGGCGUCGACUUCACACGGCGCCACUGCAAGUACCCGCUGCGUAACACGCUUGUCGGUACAAAUUUUAAGGACACGAACAGCUGGAAGUGUGCAUAG